AUGUGGGUAAAUGUUAUAUCGAAGAGAUUUAUUAAAAUGGAAUUUAACAUUUACAUUAUAUCAACAAUUAUAUGUAAUCUAAUUUUUGUACAACCAAAUAUGACACCAAAUGACCCUGAACUGUUGGAACAAUUAUGGAUUCAGUUAUAUCGUUACUUACCAGGUCCAUCAAUGGGACCAAAGCUAUCUUCUGAUUUAUCUACGAAUAUUGAGCUUUCUGUAAGCAUCGAUAAUUUGGAAUUAUUAUAUCAUAAAAAUCAAUUGGUUUGCCGUGCAAGUCUAACAUUGUUUGCUGAGUGGCCAGUAACUGAUUCAAGAGUCACUGAAAGUACUUUGGUCGAUAUGGCCGGAGGUGGUGUUCGACUUGAUGUGGACAAAGUAUGGCAUCCUCAAUUAGUUAUUAAAGGUGCAUUCAGACAUGAUCGUUUUCACCAACGUUUAGAGUUGCGUAAUCUAUAUGCUGGAAGUAAUUUAUUCUCUAAAUCAACAAAUCCCACAAAUUCCUUGAAUAGAGCGCAAGCAGGGCUAGCUGCACGAGGAUUACCUAACGAAUCGUCAAUUCAAUCAAUCCGUUCUCAUAAUCGUGCCAAAACGUUGAAGGUAGUUCCGGAUGGAGAUGGGCCAAAUUAUUCAUUCAUGGAAAGCAUUGUCGUGGAAGUUCCAUGUCAAGAGCCAAAAAAAUUCCAUCAUAUUGGUGCUAUUGUUUGUCCAGUAUGGAUAAAACAAGAAGGCUUUAUGAAAACACAACCGAUCAUCAAGUGGACUGAACGUAAAUGUUGUCUGCUCUCAAAUGAUGUACAAAGAAAAUCAUCUUAUCUAAGUGUGACAAAACGCUAUGAUGAACAUAUUGAUAAAUCUGGUCCAGAUCAAAGUCUUGGAAUUAAUAUUUGUUUCUCACAAAGUGGCAGAAUAUUACAAGGUAGUUUACCUCCAAUGCUACUUGUAUUAAUUUCUAUUAUACUACUAUGGACAAAUCAACUGGGUACACAUAACUUAGUUGUACACAAUUAA